CAUUGUACAAUUCCAUACCAUUUAAUUGCAUAUUAUCUGUAGGCUCUUUCUCUUUAUUCAAUAUUGCAGAGAAUUUUACCUAUGGAUUGUAUCAUAUUUUUUUGCUGACCCGCGCUUUGCAUUUUCACUGUUUUGCUAUUUUAUUUAUUGGAGCUGAAUAUUUUUUGCAGUAUGGUAAGUUGUGGAUACUCCACGCAAGAUCAACAUUAGCACUGUAUGUAUUGGAAGGACAUGUUAUUAUUGGAUUAGUUGUAGAUCUACGUUGUAAACUUGAUGGAUACAUGUAUAGGCCUAUAUAGGUCUUAUAUUAUUUAACUGUAUACUUGUUGGCAGGGUUAGUUUGCCUGCGGAGUGGUAGAGUGUGAUUUAAUCCAAAUUUUUGGGCCUGAAACUUCAUAUUCUUCCAGUAAAGAUGAUUAUAUCAUGAUAGAGAUUGAAGGGAGAGGCUGGUAAAGCUGAGAGAAACAUGGCUGGCUUACAACUCUCUCUGCUCUGGGGAUGCUUAAUCAUCUGUUCUCUCACCCACGUUGUAAGUGGGGCAGCUAUGACAUGCCAUAGUAUCGUGGGAGCUGGGUUGAGAUGCAGAUGGCCAGAUGAAGGUUUGGAAUGUGCCUGUAUUCCCAAUGCUGAGUGUCUUACAGGGACCAAUGUCUGCCAGUGUUUGCCAGGUUACACUGGGCCUGAGUGUGAGCGAUCCUGCCCCUAUGAUGAUAACGGCCAAUGCCUGACCCAGUGUGUGGCCAGCCCUUACUGCGAUGCACUCAGCUCCUGCAGACAGGAAGAAGGGGCAUGUAUGUGCAGGGAAGGGUAUUCUGGGAAGGAUUGCAAUCUCUGCGAUCACACCAUCUUGCCAAACUGUUCCCAGUGUCCUUACCAGAAGUGCGAGAAUGGAGGGAAAUGUGACUUGGUAAUCAGGAGAUGUGCAUGCGAAGACGGUUAUCAAGGAGAUUCUUGCUCACUCUGUUACCCAUCGCUCCACCCCAAUGGAUGCGGGGAACACUGCGACCUGACCUGCGUCAACGCUUACUGCAAUACCCAUACAGGGGAUUGUUCGUGUCCUCAUGGCUUUGACGUGGAAGAAGACUGUAGUUUCUGUGAUCCGUACAGAGUGGCUGACCAUUGCCAGCGUUUCUGCCACACCAUCUGCCGUGCGGGUGGUUUGUGCAAUGUUGCCGAAAAAAGGUGCAUGUGUAAAGAUGGUUACGUCGGCGAUGACUGUCGUUUGUGUGAUCCACGCGUGCAUCCAGAAAAGUGCGUUGAGCACUGCCCAUCCGAAUGCCAGAAUAAUGGAUACUGCGAUGUUGUGACAGGAUACUGCUUGUGCCAACCGGGAUACGAAGUGACGUAUAACUGCGGGUUGUGCCGGCCGUCGUUGCACAGCGGAGCUUGCGUGAACCAUUGUGAUCCUCAAUGCAGGAACGGAGGUGACUGUCUCUCCAGUCAGGGUCUUUGUAUGUGCCCUGUUGGAUACAUCCACCAUGACUGUAGCGUUUGCAUGCCAGGCCUUCAAGCAAGAAACUGCACGGAUCACUGCCCACUGUGUGAUAACAAUGCAACGUGCGAUACCAUAACAGGGCAAUGCAUCUGUGAAGCAGGAUGGCAUGGAGCGUCCUGCUCCGAUCCGUGCCCGGAGGAUACCUACGGCCUCAACUGCCAACUCCGAUGUGACUGUGGGAUUCACCUUUGCGACCCAAUAUCUGGGACGUGCAUCAUCCAAACCACAACUCCUCAACCCACCACAACAACUAUACCCCCUACAACUACUACUGUUGUUACUACCACAACUGCUGCAGUGACAACAGUUGCACCUACAACUUCAACUUCAACUAAAGAGGCAACAACUCCUCGUGUUACCACAACAGUAAUCACUACUACUAAUUCUACAACUGGGCCUCUUAAUGUGGUAGAAUUGUCUUCAACUAAGAAGCAAGACACUGUAACAAUCAGCGCUGGCGCUGGACUUGUACCUACACAGCAAAGCCCAGAAGAAAUUGCUAGUUUGGCUCCCGGACUAAUACUUGAGAAGAGACAGCCCAAAUUCUCUUCAACGUAUGUCAUUGCCAUCGUCAUCAGUGCCAUCAUCCUCAUUGUCCUCCUCUCCUUACUCAUCUUCUACCUGAUAUAUGAUCGCAGAAAGAGAAAACGCCAACUGCCUGAGGCUAUGCCAGAGGAGAUACCUUUGAACAAUGUGGUGACUAAUAAUCUAGAAAAUGGAAGAUCAAGUAACAUCUACAUUGAUGGGAUACUACCAAUCCUGAGUGGUGAGCAAACUGUAGAUGGCACCCUACCUGAUCCAGCAUGCUGCAAUCGUAAGUCACUCACCCAGGAGCAGGUUCAGAGGCUCAGUCGGAUAUCAGGAGACAUGGCUUUCUUUGCCAAGGUACCUAACGCUUUGGCAGAAAGCAAGAAUCCCAAUCUAUUCAAGGAAGCUAAGAAGGACAAGUUUGGUUUGGAUGACGGGGAGGUGAAGCCGAAUAAUAAUGAUCAGGGUGCCCCUUGUAAGGCCGGUGGCUGUGAGCCAGAGGAUGAUGGUCUAAAAGCCAAAUGUCAUAAAGGGGAUGAUGCAACUGCUGGAGGUGUCCAAGAUGAACUUAUGGGGGCUUGUGGUGGGGUAGAACCCUCUCCUGCUGCAACAUCCACCCCGAUGAAACCGGUGGAUCGUAACAGCCGCAUAUAUGAGGAAGUAAUCCUGACCCACGACCCGACAGAGAAUCGUAACCCACGUAUGAGUGGGGAGUACUACUUACUAGAACCAAUCCCAGCAUGGCAAGGCAGCAGCAGUACCUCGAGUGAGAAUGACUCUGCGAAAGCUCUCCCAGAUGAUAGGUCAAGUCAAAGCUCUAACCCAAGAAGAAGCGCUGAUAGCGGCAUCGAGCAAGCUGCUGCGUCUCUUGUAUCUCCGCACUAUGAACAGCUAGAAAGACCUUUGGACUUUGCGCAACCUCGUUCGCCAACCCUCUCAAGGACUGAGAAGAGCGAUGACGAGCGUGACUCUGGAGUAUACGCACACCUGUCGAGGGCGCCAACCGCGAAGGGUUAUAAUAGACUUGAGUUUAGCCCUCGCAGGAAGAGGAAACCCGAUGUAGAGUUCUUCAGCGAGAAUCAUUAUGGACGACUUAAAGCCGAUGCUAAUGAUGAUGAUAGCUUGAGCGAUUGAUGAUAGUGAUUAUACGGAAGUUGUAGGUUUGAAAACUACUGGCAGCUAUAAUGUCAUGCUGAGUAUUGUCUUCUCCUGAUCAUUAGCUGUUACAUGAACAAAGUGGCUGUAUGAAACAAUUUUUUUGUCAUUGUGGAGAUAGAUUUUCAGUUUGAGGAGAAUGAACUAAUGUGCGACCAUUUUCAAACAAUGGUUUUCCUGAAUGGUACUGAAGCAAUAAAAUAUUGCUAAAUUCCAUUAAUUAUUAUAGAUGAUAUAUAUACGCUAAAUACAAUGUUUCUAAGCACUGCAUACUAUUACCCUGGCUUUAUCACAGCUACUCUUAUCGGGCGCUCGAGCAUUGAAGAAAUGUUUUCCUAUCAGGUACUCAUUUACUACACCUUGGUGGAGAGUGACAAAGGAUGCUAGUUCUGCGUUGGAAUUCAAACCCUGGACCUUGUGGUUCAAAGUCUGGAGACUUAUCCAUUGAGCCACAACACCUCAUUUCAUUUAUAAAAUGAGACCUUCCUGCGCACUGUUGCUUCCUUUACACUUAUGAUCUAUAGACAUUGUUAUCUAGUUUACUCUGUGGGUUUGAAUGAGUAAAGUGGACUAAAAAUCAAAUAUGUCAUCUGGGAAUACUUAGGUUUUUCAUUUAUCAGUUCUAGAUUAUAUUUUUUCUAAGAAUUCUUGAUACUUCCAACUGGUCUUUUUGGCAAGUGGCUAAUGCUUACCGCUCUGCCCAUGCAGGUUGAAAACGUAAUCCUCCUUUAUGCAAGUGAGGGCGAUGUUCGAUAUUUUUGUCCACUGUUUCAUGCCAAAUUCUUGUAAAUGGUAUACCUUGUUUGGCAUAGACCUAAGCUAAGGUCCUGUUUCAUGAACAGUAAUCUUUGGUUCAAAUUGGUUAAGGUAUGGCAAGCCAGAGGGUUUUGAUCAGUUUUAAAAAAAGGGCUUAGUUAUUGUUCUUUUCUUUGGGGGAAAAAACUUGCUGACUAGUCCAAUCAAUCAAGCAGAAUUUUCUCUUUAUGUUGAGAGAACAAUAUGCGAUUAAAUACAUAUUCUAGAUGAUAAAUGUAUAUAUCGCCAGCUUUCCACAGUUAUAAUUGUUCUAGCUGAUUGCAUUUUUUCCCUUUCAUGCAACCCAAAUUUGAGCAAUGAUCAAAAUCAAACUUUGAAGAGAUCGAUUGAACCAUUUAUUCUUCUCAAAAGGGACAUCCUGUCCUGUGUUAAUAAUUCAAUAUUUCAUAAAGAAAAUUGCUUAGUAAAUAAUUGAAAGUAUUACUAUUAUUUUUCAUUUGUUAAUAUGGUGCUUAAAAGUGUCAGACAUUACUCAAGAGGGUUUUAUUUUAUUUUCUUCUGAAAAAUCUUUGCACUCUUGCACUGAAGAUAUUAUUGCGAUAUCUUACUUUUAUAAAACGAUAUUCAUUUUGAAAUACAAAUUCCAUGAUCUGCCCAUCUGCAGCCUUUUUAUGUUGCUUCUUGUUACAAAACUAUUCAAUUAUUCAGUAUUCUUAUCUUAUAGCAUUAUUUGUGAGUAAAAUGAACCUGAAGGGUGCUCAGAAUUGAUUUCUUCAAUUUUUUAGAAGAAAUUUGUAAAUUCAAUUUUUUUAAAUCUUUAUUAAAAGAUCUUUGAUGGAGCAUAUCUUUGUAGCCAUUCCACCAGAAUAAAAGCAAUAAUUGUAUUGAUUUAAUACAAAACCUUGAAUAUACAUGUAACAUAAUGUUGAAGGCCAAGUCUACCCCCAAAAUAAGUUGAUUAGAUCAAAAGCAAACAUGCAUAAUGCUGAAAACUUCAUCAAACUCGAAAUGGCAUUUUAAAGCUUCACUUUAAUAACUUCUCAUAUUUAUUUGCAACACAUAUCUCGUAUUUUUCCUCAAAUAUGAUGUAAUGUAUUUUAUAUAGCAAAGUACAGAAUAGAAAGUGUGUAACAUCAUUGGCUCUCUCAUUUGCAUACCACUUAGAAUGUGUGUACAUACACUAUCUAUUUUAUGAAAAUAAGCAAAAUUUUAAUUUGAAAAUGUCACAAUUUUUUUUUCAUGACAUCACUGUCGUGCUUAUUUAUUUUCUCUAUUUAUACAAAAAUGAACUUGUUGUUUGGGUGGACCUGACCUUUAAUCAUUUUAUAUCCAAAAUGAACAUUUCUUUGGGACUAAGAUUACUUCCUCCAAAGGCCUCAUUCCAUUUUCUAUGAAUAAUUUACCAUGCAUUCUUGAAGCAUUAUGACCAAGUCAUUUUAUUAUAUAGCUGCAUAUAUACGUCCAAUACAGAUUUUUUUUUUGUGUAUUUUGAAUGUGUUACUGACAUCUUUAAAUUGUUUAUGUGUAUUGAAGAGAGAAUAAUGUACAGUGUACAUUUUCAGCAUUUUUUGAAAAUAUAUCCAAUAAUUUGUUCUUGUAUCUAUUGCAAUGACAUGUAGAAAUAGGCAUCGAAUUUUGUUUUAUAUUAGAGCAAGUGUUGAGGACUUAUUUAUUUUCACACUUUUUGAUGGAACAGAACAAUCAAACAUUAAGAUAAUCAACUUUACAUAUCUUUUAAAUCAAGUGGGAGAAGCUUUGGUUUUGUGAUGUCAUUUAAAAGAUUUAGCCUUGAAGGCAGUUGUAUUUUUGUUUGGUGUAAUUACAUUACAGUAUUUUUCAUGCAAUGUGAAAUGUAUUUCAGAAACAAUUUUUUGGGAAGUCUAGAAAAUUUAACUGCUUUGGUGCUCUAUUGCAUAGUUUGCUUGUCAUUAUUAGGUGUUAUGCAUUUAUUAUUAUUUUUUUGUAUGUGUGUGUAGUUUCAAUGAAUUAAUGGUUGAGUGAGAUUGUGCGAUAAGUGUGAGAUGGAGAGAAUAAAAAGAAAGGAGGGAGAGAGAAUGGGAGAGAAAAAAGGGUAAAAGACAUCGAAAAGGAAAGGGUUUAGGAUUGGUACAAUCCUUGUGAGAGAAAUUCAAAUAAUUAUAAAAGCAAAUAGAAAUUUAUUAGAUUUUCUUUUAAUUUUGAUAAUCUCUAUGACAAGGCUUAACUCUGCACUAAGCUGAAUGUUGUCAUCCUUUACAACAUAUUUAUGUAUUUCCUUUUCUUAUUGACUGAAAUUUGUCAGAUGACAUUAACUUCAUUUUUGAAUAGUAUAUAGUUAUAGGGAUUACAUGCCUUUAAUAAAGACUAUCAUUAGAUUUUUGUUUAUUUACAUGUAAUAAUACAUUGAAUUAAGUCAUACUUGUUAUAAUAAAAAGCAUUGAGCAUUAAUCAAAUUCAAUUUUGAGCUGAAAUCAUUAUAUCUGAUGCAAAAGUAAAUCUGAUAUGACUGUUAUUUCAUUUGUAGUACUUCAUUGUGAUGAAUGAAAAAGUAGGUAGUAUUUCUUCAUUUGUUUUCAUUUUUUGGUAUUCCAACAGAUUAGGUCUUAUCAAAAUGAUGACAAAAAGAAAUUCCUUUACUAAUAUUUGUUGCAUGUAUUUAUCAGCUUGUAAUGUUGCAGCAGUGUGAUAUAUAUGUGGUAUAUUCUUACUGAGGGUAGUAGAGAAAUUUGCUUCCUAGGGGUGUUUCACAAAGAGUUAAGUAUGUCUAAUGGAAACUUACAAUCAAUUUGCAAGUCUAUUUUUGGUCCCUAAAUCAUAAGUCUUGAGUUAAUUGCAAAUUAGUGAUUGAUUGCUAAUUUGCUCAUUGAAACAAGAAGUUAGUCUGAUUUGCCAUAACUAACGUUGAUCUAUCAGUUGUAAAAUCGCAACAGAAUAUUUGCAAAUGAUCGCAAAUAUUUUCUUGCAACACCCCCUUAGAGUGGCACUUUAAUGUCCAGUUGCAUGCCGAAUAAAAGGCAUCACCUCAUUGGUCAAAUCAUGCUAAGAGGACGCGUACUUCUGCGUAUGAAUCAAUAAGAUUACGCUUUGAAUAAUCAUGUACGCGUCGGCACUAAGCACGACUUUAAGUCACACUUAACUUCUUGUGAAACACCCCCCAGAUUACUUUGUGGUGCUUGUUAUUCCAAUGAGAUUGACCAACUUGAUGCACUUUGUAAAUACUCCAUAGCAUUUCUAAACUCACAUGAAAAUAUAAAUUUGGUAAUCGGUGCAAGGAGACGUUGAUCAGUUGGAUUGUAUUCAAUUCUAGAUUACAAUUGGAUUCCAAGUGUAAAAAAGUUUGUUUGCUAAAUUGAGAAAUUUAUUGGCAGUUAUUACAGAUGUCAUUAUUUUAAAACAUGCUCUUAAUCUUGAUGAUACUGUACGUCUGUGGAGGAAAUCUUUAAUAAAAUCAGCACUGUCAGUUUA